GUCUUAACUUCAAAGCCCAAGCACAUUUUCCUUUUUCUUUUGUGAAAGCACCUGCAGGAACGGAUGCAAACGCCGCCCCGGUCCAUUUCCAGCACUCAAGCGCUUGUUCUAGUUCUUUGACAAAAGCACAAACGACUGGAGGGCAGAGCCGCUAGUACGAGCACAGAAAUGUGGAACUUUAUCAGGAAGCGCGGUACUAAUAUCCAUAUGAAACGUCUGCUUGAACCAUUCCGUAAUCACCGCCAUUUUCGAACCCACGCCGUUGACAGACAAAACGCGUCCCCCACUGGUCUUUACGGUUUUGAUCACUUGAAGUCCCCUGAAGGUUUCCAACGCUUCGCCGAUGACGCCAUUGAGAGGUCUGUUGAGCUGGUUGAUUAUAUAUCUGGCAUGCCAUCUUCGGUUGAAAUAAUCCGAGCCAUGGAUGAGAUUUCGGACACUGUCUGCUCUGUUGUUGAUUCGGCAGAACUCUGUAGACAAACUCAUCCAGCCAGAGGAUUUGUAGAGGAGGCUAACAAAGCAUCGAUGAGAAUUAAUGAAUAUCUACAUUUUCUCAAUACAAAUCAUACUCUUUAUAAUGCGGUGAAAAAGGCAGAGCAGGAUGGUAAUUUGCUUACUGCGGAAGCUCAUAGAGCUGCACACCACUUACGAAUUGACUUUGAGAAGGGUGGCAUUCAUCUUCCUUCUGGAAAAUUAGACCGGGUUAAUCAGCUAAAUCUGAAUUCUCUCGAGCUAUGCAGGGAGUAUGGUGAAAAUAUUAUGAAUGACCCAGGUCAUGUGGAUGUCUUUCCAGCCUCAUGCAUCCCAAGACAAAUACAACAUCACCUUAAGCCUAUCUAUCGUCUGACAUCUGGAGUGUCAAAGGAGUCCUUAGGCUCUUUUGAUGAUAAACAAGAAAAGGGUUUCCGGAUCAUAACAGAGCCACGUACUCUAUCCUCUGUUCUACAGUGGACAACAGAUGAACAGGUUAGGAAAAUGGCAUAUUUAAAAGGGAAUUCUGUCCCGCACGCAAACCAUAAAGUUCUUGAUGAACUUAUAGAUUCCAGACAAGAGCUUGCUCAGAUAAUGGGUCGUAAAUCAUAUGCUGAAUUUGUAAUGCAACUAAACAUGGCUUCGUCACCAGAGGUGGUAGUGUCCUUUUUGCUUGAGAUGAGCAACAUGGUCAAAACAAAAGCUGAUGAGGAGUUUAAGACAAUUAGAAAUUUGAAGAGAGAUAUAUGUGGCCAAAGAUGUGUAGAUCUGGAACCAUGGGAUGAGGCAUACUACCAAACAAUGUUGAACUCUUCUGUCUACGAUUUGGACUCCUCUGUCGUGGCAUCAUAUUUUUCUCUGCCACAGUGUAUUGAGGGCUUGAAACUUCUGGUAAAGUCACUCUUUGGUGCAAAAUUUGAUAGUGUUCCCAUGGCCCCUGGUGAAUCAUGGCAUCCUGAUGUGCUUAAAAUGUGUAUUCAUCAUCCUGAAGAGGGUGACUUAGGGUAUCUCUACCUUGAUCUGUUUGCAAGGAAAGGCAAAUAUCCAGGUUGUGCUACUUUUGCAAUUAAAGGGGGACGAAAAAUUUCUGACACUGAAUAUCAACUCCCUGUUAUGGCCCUUGUUUUCAAUUUUUCAAGGUCUCGUGAUUCCUCGAUUGUGCGGCUUAAUCACGGAGAACUAGAAACUCUAUUUCAUGAGUUUGGACAUGCUCUUCAUGCAUUGCUCUCAAGAACGGAUUACCAACAUUUUUCAGGCACAAGGGUGGCUCUUGACUUUGCUGAGACACCUUCGAACCUAUUUGAGUACUACGCUCGGGAUUACCGGGUCCUGAGGAAAUUUGCCAAGCAUUACUCAACUGGAGAAGUGAUACCUGAGAAACUGGUAAAAUCACUAAAUGGUGCAAGAAACAUGUUUGCAGCAACUGAAUUGCAACGCCAGAUAUUUUAUGCUUUGGUUGACCAAACACUUUUCGGAGAACAUGUAUCUGGGCCAAGAGACACCAGUUCAAUUGUUGCAGAUUUGAAAAGACAACACAGCAAUGAGAAGCACGUGGAGGGGACACACAUGCAUCUACGAUUCAGUCACUUCCUCACCUAUGGGGCCGGUUACUAUAGCUACUUGUAUGCCAAGUGUUUCGCGGCUACCAUAUGGAAGAAGCUAUGCCAAGAGGAUCCUCUGUCACCAACAACUGGAACAUUACUUAGAACAAAACUUUUGCAGCAUGGAGGAGCCAAAGAACCAGCUGAUUUGUUGACUGAUCUGGCGGGUGAUGGGAUCAUAAGGUAUCGUAAUGGAGGGAUAGUUCCUGAUGUCUCAAGUUGUUUGGAAGAACUGGAACUGUCAGACAACGGAAGCUGGCUUACUUGUAAGUGACCGGAGAAAGUACAUCAAUCGGAAUGUGGGAGGAAAAAUAAUAAAAUGAGGAGAAUAGAUGUUUUUUACUGGUAAGGCUGCAACUGUAAACCAUUAACAAGCUUUCAUUGAAAUGUGCCUUGUAAGUCAAUUGUUGUAAUUUGUACAUU